AUGGGUUGGUCAUGCGUUGUGGCACGCGCCGUGGCUUUCCUCUUUAUGCUCAGCCGAGUGUCCGCGCUCACCUCCGACAUCAUCAGACUUCAGAAAUAUAAUUUCUCUCCAUCUUUGAUCUUAACUGUUAAGUUAGAUGUUUGCAAAUCAAGUAUCGGAUAUCCCGUAACCUACUUUCGUUACCAAAAUCAUAUAUACACCCAAUACCGUUCUAACUUCAUUGACAAAUCAAAUUUCUUUGCGGCGGGCAAGUCGGACAAAGAGAUUUUGGACAAUCUGUUAAAAAAUUCCCGCUACGACAAAAGACUGCUUCCACCAGUAGAUGAUCCUGAUUUUUGUUGUGGUCUUACGUCACCCAACGACACUUUGAAUAAAGAUAAUAUUGGGCUACCCUCGCUUCGGCCUCGAUCGCCCAAUCGCGGUGUCCUCACCGUAAAUGUUAGCGUGCUACUUCUUAGUUUAGCGUCUCCAGAUGAAUCUAGUCUUAAAUACGAGGUUGAAUUCCUCCUGCAGCAACAAUGGUAUGACCCACGUCUCCGGUAUUCGAAUCAGUCCCAUUACGACUAUUUGAAUGCCAUUCACCAUCACGAAGAUAUUUGGCUACCCGACACGUACUUCAUUAUGCACGGUGACUUCAAACGACCUGACCUGGCUUCGCUCGAGCAGCAACAGUAUUGCACAAAGGAUCCGAUAAUACCGAUGCACUUUGCGUUGCGGAUCUAUCGCAACGGGACAAUCAACUAUCUGAUGAGACGUCACCUCAUACUGUCUUGUCAGGGACGGCUGAACAUCUUCCCCUUCGACGACCCAUUGUGUUCAUUUGCCUUAGAGAGUAUAUCCUAUGAGCAAUCUGCGAUAACUUACGUGUGGAAGAAUGAUGAAGAUACGCUGCGGAAGUCACCCUCUUUGACGACCCUCAACGCUUACCUCAUACAGAAUCAGACCAUACCCUGCCCCAUAAAAGCCAGUUGGCGAGCUGAUGGUAUUUCACUUUACGAGGACGAUGAAGAGCUGACAUGUAAUCUUUGCCAGAGACGCUUUGAGGAGCAAGGUAACUACAGCUGUCUAAAGGUGGACCUUAUUUUUACGAGAGACCGAGCAUUCUACUUUACCACAGUUUUUAUUCCUGGCAUAAUCCUGGUGACCUCUUCAUUCAUCACAUUUUGGCUGGAAUGGAACGCAGUUCCGGCUCGUUCCAUGAUAGGUAAUUACAGCUGCCUCAAAGUGGAUCUCAUCUUCACGCGGGAUAGAUCAUUUUACUUCACCACUGUUUUUAUUCCGGGAAUCAUUUUGGUGACCUCAUCAUUUAUUACUUUUUGGCUGGAAUGGAAUGCUGUGCCUGCUAGAGUCAUGAUCGGUGUAACAACAAUGUUGAAUUUCUUCACAACAUCAAACGGUUUUCGGUCAACAUUGCCGGUUGUAUCGAAUCUGACAGCAAUGAACGUGUGGGACGGCGUCUGUAUGUGCUUCAUAUACGCAUCGCUUCUCGAAUUCGUUUGCGUGAAUUACGUCGGCAGGAAACGGCCCUUGCAUAACGUCGUGUACCGACCGGGAGAAAACCCGGUGACACAGCGACUACCCGCAGUUCUGAGCAGAAUUGGCAUUAUACUGGCCAGCCCCUUGCCUGUAAGUAGACUAGACUUAACCAAUAACUCAUUAACAGUCCAUGCCAUUACGAUUCUAGUAGGUGAUAAAAAGCGUGAAUCUACCGGCGCGGCAGAUAUAGUUACGUGUACAAGUUGCACGGCGCCCGGAGCUUGUACUCAUACAGCAAACAAUGGAGGCGUCUCCGAGCCAUGUUUCGUCCAGGUCCGUAAAAAGGAGCCUCCUCAUCCCAUCAGAGUGGCCAAGACAAUCGACGUCAUAGCUCGUAUCACUUUCCCGACCGCGUACGCGGUAUUUCUAAUCUUCUUCUUCAUUCACUACAAAGCCUUCUCUUAA